GUCGCGCGGCGCGCCGUGGCUGGCCGUGGCGCACUGUAUACUCCGCUGACACGGGAUUUGUUUUCGUCCGUGCGCUCAAAGUCGCCCUUUCCCCGGUUUAUUACUCGCGCGUUCGCUCGCGCUCGGAUAGCGGAGCGAGGCGGAUCGAGGCGCGAUCGUUGCGGGCUGCGGACGACGAUGGCGAACCACUACGAGGUCCCGAACUGGGCCGGCAAGCCACCGGUGGGGCUGCAUCUGGACGUGCUGAAGAACGACAAGUUGAUACAGAAACUCAUGGUGGACGAGAAGAAGUGCUACCUGUUCGGACGCAAUCAGCAGCUCAACGACUUCUGUAUCGAUCAUGCGUCCUGCUCUCGCGUUCAUGCCGCUCUCGUUUAUCAUAAGCAUCUCAAUCGGGCGUUUCUGGUCGAUCUGGGAAGCACACAUGGAACCUUAAUUGGAAAUCUACGCUUGGAGGCUUACAAACCGACUCAGUUACCAAUCGACAGUAAGUUUCACUUUGGAGCAUCUACUCGGUAUUACAUAAUAAGGGAAAGACCUCAGACGGGCGCCCGGCCCAUCAUCGAGGAGCUGGAGAAAUUGUCCGAGGACAUGGACGCUGGUGGCUUGCUGGGAUUGCCAGAAACAGAAACAGAGCUGGACAAUCUAACCGAGUUCAAUACAGCUCACAAUCGACGGAUUUCCAUGCUCGGCAUAACAGACGACGAGAUGCACAAGCCAACGCGUAAGCGAAAGAAAAAGGGGAUCACCUUCAACGACGAUGAGGAAGUGAUCAAUCCGGAAGACGUUGAUCCGUCAGUUGGGAGAUUUCGUAAUCUUAUACAAACGACAGUCGUUCCUAGUAAGAGAAUGCGAAUGGAGGGUGGUCUCAUAUCGUUGUCAGAAGAUCACAAUCUUCUGAAGCACAUGCAACCUACGUCUACCACUCCGCAGCUCUAUCACGAUCUACCUCCCGAGCAGUUUACGCCGUCCUCGAUGUCGAUGAAUCCGUUUUCCACGGCCCUCACGUCGCUGACGUCGCGGCUUGGCAUCGCGCUACCCAACCCGGCGCCCGAGGUGGAGAUGGCGCCGAAUCAGAUACAGGCGGAGGUGCAGCAUGUGCAAGAGCACAUGUCGGGUGCGACCGAGCCGCGAACGAUGGAACCGAAGAAGAAGAAGUACGCCAAAGAGGCAUGGCCCGGGAAAAAACCGAUACCGACGCUUCUCGUAUAAUAGAAAUUGUCGUUCAUAUUCACAUAAUAUAGCCCUAUUGUUUCCCGAUAGAGCUGCCCCCUUCAUCUAAGGAUUGUUCAUACAUUACAGAUUUACAUACGAUUUAUAUACGAUGCCAGCUCUAUCACGUGUUAUUAUAUCGGCAGUAACUGUCAAAUCUGUCUUGAUAACGUUGAACCAUGUAAGAGUAUGAUGAAAAGACUAUCUGUACUAGUUAAAAUAUAUUAUUUAAGUAAUGAUAAUUCAGAUAUAACGCAGGAUGAUCAUGAUUCGGAGUUUUAUAUAAAGCGGACAUGUUUGAAGAGACUUUUCCACUCGAAGAAUACAAAGGAACUGUUGUAAUCUUCUGAUGGAACAAACGCAUUCAGAGUAGCUAAAAUUAAAAAUAAUACUCCGCCAAAGCAUCCUAAAAUAAUACAAUUUUAAGUUCAAGAAAAUGAUGUCGGAUACCACCUUACGUUUAUCACGUUAAAUUUUGUACCCGUUUACAUUUAGUUUAUUUCCGCUGCGAUAACAAAUAUCGAUAAAAAUAAAAUUAUUGCUUAUUUUAUCAAAUAGAUUUUGGUCGCUAGACGUGUAAAAUAUAUCUAGUUUUAACAUUGUGAUUUUUCAUAGUUAAUAACAACAUUGCCGUAAUUGUUACAUAAUAUAUUGCAUUUCUUUAAACCUCGGCAUAAUUUCCUGUAUGUACAAUUGCUAUUAUCGCUCCAAGUGCAAUGAAUACGAUGUAAAUAAGUAUAAAGGCAAUUUUGUUGAUAUACUUUCAUAAAUAUCAAUGCCAGAAAAAGUCAAUAAAAAAGAGAAAUAUUGUAUAUAUUACACAAAUAAGUAUUACUUUGGGCCAGUAAAGUUUUCGAUAUAAAGAGUAUGUUUAGAAGAUUCGUCUCUUUAUAUAUAUAUAUAUAUAUAUAUAUUUAUGUAUUAUAUCUUGUUUCUAUGCCAAAUGAAACAUUACUUGUGAAGUGAUGCAACACUCGUAUAUUUUUAUACUUGUUCUACAAGGAAGUUUUACAAAAAAUACUCUUCUAUAAAAUACGGUGACAAUUAUAUACGAGAUUAAGCAAAAUAUAUCUUUCUACACAAAA